AUGAAUUCCGAGUCAACAUCAUCAUCUCUUCAGCUUGCCCAGAGCCACAAAGAGGAAGGAAAUAAAUUCUUCAAAUUGAAAAAGUAUGAUCGAGCCAUUGAAGAAUACUCAAAGGCCAUUCAAUACGAUCCAAAUGGUGCUGUCUAUUAUUCCAAUCGUAGUGCCUGUUAUCAACAUGUUGGAGAGUACAGAGCAAUGAUCCGAGAUGCUCAACAAGCACUCCGAAUCGAUCCCACGUUAGCAAAGGCUUAUUUUCGACUUGCUAAAGGAUAUUCCGAAUUGAAUCAACAUUCAAAGGCUUACUCGGUAUUGUGCCGAGCUUUGAAUAUUCGUGAUGAUGAUCAUCAGGUUUUAAAUCAAUCAUCUACACAUUCCGUAACAAAUGAUCAACAAGAAUUCCUAUCUCUUCCUCAAGAGGAAAAAUCAAUUUUGGAAGGUGAAUUGAAAAAGUGUAUUCAAAAGUUGAAUGAGGAACAAUUGCAAUAUGAAAAAAAUCAAGAGUCACCUCUCAUUAAUCCAUUUUCAAAUUUAAAUUCAAACAUGAUUGCAUCUGCACGAAGAAUUGAAAUGGAAAUGAGAAAGGAAUAUUAUUUGAAUCAUUUCACACCAAGUAAGGAAGUGAAAGUGAAAAUUAUUGAACUGUUGGAUGAUAUUUUGAGACCUAUGAAAAAGGCUAUGAUGGAAUUUGCUGCUUCUCAGCAAGAGACAAAUAGCAAUGAAAACUCUGUAACUCACAAGAUCAUGAUUGGUGAUGAGGAGCAACAAAAGAUCAAUGAACAAAUGCAAAAGAGAUCUCUUCCUACCAGUCGAUUAAAUUGGAGAUUUCAAUGCAAGAAAAUUUGUGAACUUUUCGAUGGCAGAGAAGAAGAGCUCAAAAAGGAAGGUAUCCACAUAUUGACAGUGUGUGGAAUAUCAUUAACUUAUUUUGCUCGGCCUGAAAUCUCUUACAAGCUGGCAAAACAAUUGCUCAUUAAGAAUUCUACGAGAUUCAAUCACGAGCUGAAUAUUCAAGAGAGAGCUCAUACAUGGGUCAUGAUGGCUCAGUCCUAUUUAUUUUGGAAGGGAUUUCAAAAGAAUAACGUUGCAUCCGCAGCCCAGCCCUACACAUCGUACAAACCCUUGCAAUACCUCAGAAAUGCUCUUAAUUUAUUAGGACAAGUUGAAAAGGGUUCCAAUGAUAGUAAUGUGAAACACAUGUUAGCAUGGACCUAUAUUUCACUCAUUACGCAAAUGUGUCCUCAUGGUGAUGAAUUAUCGAUUUCCAAGACAGAUUUAGAAUCAUUGCUCAAUGACAUGUAUCAAUUACUCUUUAUUCUGGAUUCGUCCGAACAUUCGGAAGCAAGUCACACAAACACGGUCAUCCAGGAAGGGCUACGAUUUUGGUUCUCCUAUUUGCAACAUGUACCAGAGGCCUCUGAUCAAUUCCAAAGAUUAGUACUUCUCUCUGAUUCUGAAGUGACAGCACUCAGCGUGAAAUUAUUUAACGAGUUUCAUAGUGCAAACUUACCAUUGCCAAAAGUUUGUCUUGACAAAUUCUUUUUGUAUGCUCCUUCGGAGGGACUAACAUUACGUUCCAGUAUUGAGACAUUCAUAAGAAGCGUGAGAUUGGGAUUAAUUUCACUCACUGAAAAUAUGUAUAGCGAUUUGUUGAGUGGAAAUAGUUCUGGAGAGAGAGUUUCACAACCAAUGACAAGGGGAUUUUUACAACGUGAUUUGUAUCCUCUGUUUUAUGCAUUUGCAUUACAAAGUUUUCACUCAAGAUAUUGUUGCAAGAUGAGCGAAAAGGAGCAAGAAUUAUUACAAAGAUGUGAGCAGCGAUUCAAAUCUCUUGUCAAGUCUCUCAGUACUAUUACCACAAAAGCCAAUCUUUGUGACUCCUCAAUGGCUGAACUUCAUAAUUUAUUGGUCUUGAUCAGCAUGUAUCGCCCUAUUUAUGAAAUUGAAUGUGAAGGUACUGACUUGCAACAUGUUAUUCAGGUUUCACAUCGUGAUUAUCCAUAUCUAUUAAGCAAAUUACUGUAUCAUACUCUGAAAAUUCCAAAAAAGAUGGAAAAGAUAACUUCACAUUCGACCGAAAUCUUUUCUAAAGACACUUCUAAACGACAAUUAUUGAAUGAAUUUUAUGAAUCGCAAACCAUUCCUUUUGAUCACGAUUUUUACAUACCAAGUUCAAAUCUUAUUACCUCCACUUUGAAAAUUCACAAAGAAAUUGAAUGGAAUUAUCCAGAAUAUUGGCCAAAAGGAUUUGAUGAUAGCGAACAGAGCUUUGAAUUUUUACUCAUUGGAAGUGGAUUUACCGAAACUGAUAUUACAAAAGUUUUACAUCGCUCACAGCCAUGCGUGUUGACUUGUGUGGAGUUGGGAAGCGAUUCAAAUUAUUUAUUCUGUAAAGAAGUGUUUAAAAACGAAAUUGGAAAGAGACUUCACAUGAUUCGAUUGAACCACAUCAAUGAUUUAACACAAGUUUUGUCAAACAAUAAUCCAGAAACUCAAAGGAAACCAUUUGAUUAUAUUUCGAUCAAUAUGGAGGCUUUGGGAAGCCAAAAAAGCUCUCUCACAUCACUCCUUUCAUCAUCAAAAUUGAUUCGAGAGGGAUCUAUUGUACGAUUUUCACUUCCUUCAAUUUAUCAAGUGAAAAUGGUUAAAAAUAUAAGAGAUUUUUUGUAUCAACAUUUACGACAAGUAUUUGAAAGAGAUGAUUAUGAUGGAAUUCCCACUCUAAAAAGAGCUCCAUCUCGAAGUGAUUUAUUACUUGCUCGUGAAUUGUUGAGAAAGGAGAAACCAUUCUCUGAUUUUAUUUGUAAGAUUUCAGAGUUUUACAAUCUGAAUGCAUUUUGUGACUUGAUAUUUUCACCACUCAUUGAGGAGUUUUCAGUGCGUGUAUCUGUUGCUGAAAAUGUCGACUCGAACAAAGGUGAUAGUUUUGGUUCUGGUUUUACAUUUGAAAGCAUGUCACAAUUACUUGAAAAGGAGUUGGGGCUUCGUGUGAUCGGACUUGUGACCAGCUCGAUGCCAUUCCACAGCAUUACAGGAGAGUAUCUUGAGGAGACAAAAGAUUUCAAAUUGAAGAAUUGGAAAUUAAUGGAUGCAUUUGCGGCAAAAAGAAUUGAGUUUUUCCAAGCCCCAAUUCAAGUGUUGUGUGAAAUUCCUGUUAAGAAAGUAGAGGUGGACAAGAAAAAGGAUCCCCUUGGAUUGAAAAAGUACUUGCGUAAAUAUACUUCCAAGUAG